CAAACAGAACAACCGUCGAACAUCCAACACCUGUGCCUGAGGAAAACAGUUUGUGUCUCGCUGAUGAGACAACCUUUCAGGCCAGGUCCAUCAGAUGGUGUGCCGAGAAUCCCCUUCCACUGAGCUGCAGUGAACACGAAUGGAGCAAAUGCAUCUGUCUUUGAGGAAGUUACUGUUUUUAGUGGGAUGGCCUUGGUACGUCGCCUGUGCAAAGGUGGCAGGCAGCCACACACUAAAACAGACAUCUGACUUCCUUCUCAUCAGAGUGAAAAGUUGCCCUCACAAGCUCUUCAGAUCAAAUGAACAAGAUAAGCUGAAAGGGUUUUAUUCACUUUGUGGAACUUGUGAGACUCAAAAGAGGCAAAAUGCGGGACAUGCUGGGGAGACUCCAGACCAUCAGCAAGGAGCAGGAGGACUACGAGCCAGAGUUCACUGGACCUGAAUAUGAUGUAGAUAAGGAGACUUUGACUCAACAGGCUGUCAUUUUUGAUAAUUCCACAGCUAUGGAUGACAUCCUGAAGGAGUCACACUCCAUACGUAAGGAGAUCUCCUUGCUUAGCUUGGAGGUGGAGCGCCUGAGAAUCCACAACGAGCGCUAUGGCACAACCGUGCGACGCCUCACUCUUCUGAAAAGGAACUCUGAAUCCAUCACACACGAAAUUCGGCAUCAAGCACAGUCUGUGCAUGCCCGCAUACAGAACCUGGGUAAAGAGAGCAACAGGCUGGAGGAGAAAGAAGGUCCCAACGCUGCUGUUUGUCGCAUUGCCCGUACCCAGUAUGACACUCUCAUCUGUUCGUUCCAUGCUGUCAUGAGUAACUACCACAAGACCGAGGAGCAACAGAGAAGCACAUGCAGGACGAGGCUCCAGAGGCAGGCUUCCAUAAUGGGGACAGACAUCAGUGAGAAGGAACUGAAUGACUUGGUGGAGAAAGGCGGUGAGGGCUGGACCGAGCUGUCCCAGACGCUUUGCCCGGAUGGUAACCCCUCAUGCCGUGCAGCCCUGUCUAACAUCAAAGGGAGACACAAGGAGCUGAUGGAACUAGAGGCCAGGCUGAAGGACGUCCAUGAACUGUUCUUGCAAAUGGUUACGCUGGUAGAAGAACAGGGUUCACUUGUUGAUAAUAUCCAAUUAAAUGUGUGCAAAACGGAGGAUUACAUCAAAGAUAUAAAAUGUAACUUAAGAAGAGCCGUGGUUUACAAGAAGAAGAACCCUUGUUUGCAAUGUUGUCCCUGGCUACCAUGCUGGAACUAAAACAGAGCUUUUUAGGACUUUGUUUGAGAUUGUGCAAUUUAUUGAACAAUUAAAUUUAUGAAACAAAUGUUUUAACCUCAUAAAGUGGGGUGAGAUUCCA